GGAGGGAACGGAGCAGUGUAAAUCUAAUCACGAUCGAUUUGCGUUCUUUGUUUCCACUUUCGAUUUUGAUAAGAUUUCACGUUGUUUUGAUAGCUCUGUUUGCGGUGCGCUCUAGUUUUACGUGCGUUUCAUCAGCAGAAUCGUACCAGUAGUAUACAAAGCAGUGUAUAACAACGCAACAGUUCCGCAUUUGGUGGGUAGAAGGCACGUCGCGUUCCGUAACAACAGACCAGCGACAAAAUGGAAUCGAACGAAGUGGAAGAUGAAAUCCCAUUAAAGCUAGCGCAGAUAUCGAUCGACAAAUUUAACCAAACGAUACCACAGUACGUGACGCAGCUACGAAACCACAAGUGCAACAUCGAAAAGGCUGGUUCACUGAACGAUUGGGAGAAGGUCAAACGAGAGCAAUUAAAUGCGACACGCAUUGUGAAGCAGAUCCGUUUCAUGCUGGUGGAAAUAGAUAAAGUGCGCCAACGGUUGAGUGCCAGCGAUCAUGACCGUUUCGACGAUGGGAUUGAGGGGACAAAGAAGGAUGCGUUCAACAGCAUGGCCGAAUAUCUGGCUAUGCAGCUAGCUUUGCGUGCACAGUCCCAACGAAAUUAUCAGCAACAACAUGAGGAAGGAUCGUCCGGUGCGGGUAGUUCGGAGUUUCCUACAGGCGGACGAUUGGCGUAUGUUCCUCAGAUUACCAGCUCGUACAAUAUGGAGGAGCACGAACUACGCCAAAGAGAGGAAUGUCUCCGUCAGAUGGAACACUUGCAGCACGAAAUGGAGGACAUUCAAGAGCUCUAUCAAAAGGUGCACGAAUUGGUAUACGAUCAGGGUGAAACGGUGACCCGGGUCGAGGAGAACGUGGAUGUGGCACAGAUCCAGGUGGAAGCCGGUGUGACAGCGCUCCAGAGAGCGUUAGCAUACAAAAAGGCCGUUUAUCCGCUGGCAGGAGCAUUCCUCGGGUCUUGCAUCGGUGGUCCCAUUGGGCUGGUGGUUGGACUGAAGGCAGGUGGCCUCGCAGCGCUGGGCGGCGGUUUGGUUGGAUUUGCCAGCGGAAAGUUCAUUAAAAACGUGGACGCUAUACCGGAUAGUGAUGAGUGUGGUUCUGGCGACAGUGCCACCGAAGCGAUGGCCGGCACACCCACUGAACCGGGCGAAACGCAACCGGUUGCUUCGAAAACUUGACAGUUGCUUAAUCGCUGCACGAUUCAGUAACAACUGUCGAAGAAAACAUUACGUUCAGCCGAUCGGAUGGUUUAGCUUUGUUAAGUGCUAUGUACAUUGUUGCUCGAGCCCGCUGGAAUUGUUUCGGAAUGCUUACCAAUUCCUUGAACAAUUGCUUACCCGUAUUUGAUACACAAACCAGCGAAACGCAUUACUAUUAUCCCCCACUCACUAGCCGCUAAAGUGUAUCGUCGUUAGAAUGAAAAUAUAGAAAUACGGUAUUUGUGUUACUAA